AAGACUAGCAGCAAGUUCGACGACAAAGAUGCGGAGGACAUCCCAUACGGUCUCCAGCCCUGUUGUCUUUUGCCUUGUACCACCGUCACCAUGAUCUUCGACAAGCUGCUCCCUAUUGCCGUGCUCUUGGGCGCGUCGGCUGCUCAGAAUGUGACGCUCCGGUACAUGCCCUUCGGUGACUCCAUUACGGAGAUCAUCUGCUGGCGCUCUAAGCUCUGGCAGAAGCUGAAGGGCACCGAGUGGGGAUCGGUUGACUGGGUCGGUUCCGGCAAAGGGGAAAACAACUGCCGCGACACCGAGUACGACCGCGACAACGAGGGUCACUCGGGCUUCCUGGCUAUCGACAUCGCCAACCGCAGGCAGCUCGUCGGGUGGCUCCAGCAGAACCCCGCGGAUGUCAUCACGAUGCACCUCGGCACCAACGACAUCGUGCAGCAGAACAAGCCGGUCAACGACAUCAUCACCGCCUUCACGACCCUGGUCGGCGUCAUGCGGGACAGCAACCCCAGGAUCAAGAUCGUCGUGGCUCAAAUCAUCCCGAUGGGCUUCGGCAACUUCAACACGCAGAUCCAGAACCUGAACAGGGCCAUCACGCCGUGGGCGCAGGGCCUCAACAAGACCGAGUCGCCGAUCUGGGUGGUGGACCAGUUCACGGGGUUCAGCGGCAGCAGCGACCUUCGCGACGGCGUCCACCCGAACGACUCGGGCGACAACAAGAUGACCAACGUCUGGUACCCGGCCAUCGUCAACGCCUUCCAGGUAGCCAAGGCCGACAAGGAGGCUCUCGCUGGUGCCGAGAGACUGGGCAUCCCGUUCACGGCCUAGACAGUGCGAGCUAACCCCCAGGGUAGCUCAGCUGCACAAUACGGGCCCCCCUCCCCCCCCUUUUUUGUUGGUUAGGUAGCUGGUCUUGCUUCGCGGUGUGCCCCAUACGUAGUGAGACUGCCCCCGACGUAGCGGGUUGUUGAGAGGCUGCUUCGAUUCGCCUUGUAUAUACAUUUAGUAGUUAUGAUAUAGGUAUGUUGAAAUCCG